GGUGCCACUGGACUCCUGUUUAAUUUUCCUAAGCUGUUAAAACUCACUGCCCCAGAUAAAAAUAAUAAGCUUAACAUGAGAGUUUAUAGAUGUAAAUUUUGAACUUCUUCCUGAUAAUCCCUCUGGAAGAGAUAUUUCCAGUCAAAUAGUACAGCUUCCCUCCAUUUUAUUGGUCAAUAUUUCUUAUCUCUAGUAAAUAAAUAGCCUAUUAUAUCACAAAGUCCAGUUACAGUCAGAGUGGGUCAAAAGUAUAUGUGCAGAACAAAGAAAAAUGAAUCUGUUACUUGAGUUCCUCUGGCUUUUAGUCACCUUAAUCUAUUCUUAUGUGGAGGCCUUGGUGAAACUUUUCAUUCCUCUCAAGAGAAAAUCUGUCAGUGGUGAAAUUGUGCUUAUCACCGGAGCAGGACACGGCCUUGGAAGACUUACAGCCUACGAAUUUGCCAAACGUCAAAGCAGACUGGUUCUUUGGGAUAUAAACAAGCAUGGUGUUCAGGAAACAGCAGAAGCAUGCAGAAAGCUGGGAGCCACAGCACAGGUGUUCACAGUGGACUGCAGCAAUAGAGAGGAAAUCUAUAACGCUGCAGAGAAGGUGAAAAGAGACAUUGGAGAUGUGAGCAUCUUGGUGAAUAACGCUGGAGUGGUAGCAGCAGCAGAUCUGCUUUCAACGCAGGACAAGCAGAUCCAAAAAACGUUUGAAGUCAACAUUCUUGCUCAUCACUGGACAACAAAAGCCUUCCUGCCAGAGAUGAUGAAAAAUAACCACGGCCAUAUUGUCACAGUUGCAUCAGCUGGUGGGCAUGUAGCAGUUCCCUUCUUGGUUUCUUAUUGUUCAAGCAAGUUUGCGGCUGUUGGGUUUCAUAAAAGCCUUACUCAAGAAUUGUUGGCAUUGGGUAAAGAUGGGAUCAAAACCACAUGCCUUUGUCCUGUUUUUAUAAACACUGGCUUUCUAAAACAACCAAGUUCAAGAUUAUUGCCUAUUUUGGAGACUGACAAAGUUGCGAAUAAACUCAUUGAUGGAAUACUUUGCAACCAGAACAUGAUAUUUGUUCCACCUUUUGUGAAACUCAGUCUACUCCUUGAAAGAAUUGUACCAGAACGUGCCUUGAGAGCUAUGAACAAGUUUGUAAAAAUAAAAUUUGAUGCAGUUGUUGGACACGGUGGGAAAGAAAAUUAAAUCAAUAGAUAAAGAAGGAUGAUAAUUCUGUUGAGUGUGUGAAGAAAUUUCUUAACACCUGGUCUAGCAAAAUAACAUGCAGAAGGAAUCGCAUAACCUUUUUGUCUCAAAAACACAUUGAAAAUGCCAGGAAAGUCCUCCAUUUAAUUUAUACAGACACAUGGUUUCAUGGGGAUAAAUCAAGAUGGAUAGCUGUGUUAGUCUGUCUGUAGCAGUAGAAAAGAGCAAGAGUCCAGUAGCACCUAUAGGACUAACAAACACCAUGGUUUCAUGGGGUUAAUGCAGUCUUAUGUAGCUAUUCCAAUCCAGUCCCAUUGAAAUGUAAAGGAUUUAGAUAGGAAUAACUUUGAGUAAGAUUGUACUGUUCAUCAGAAUGAAAACUUCAAGGAAUUAAAAGCAAAUUAAAAUCA